AUGUCGUUACCCUUGGGCGCCUCACGGCGGCUGUCAACUACGAACGCCACCCCCGAUGACGACGGCCUCACUCAGUCGCUCAGCCAGCUGUCGCUGACAAACCAACCCUCCGUCAACAAAUCACCACGACCGAAACCCGCGUCCGUGCCACUGCAUCCAUCCUCUCGCCGCUCCUCGGCCUCGACCUCGGCAUGCCCUGAACAGCCACCCCAAAGUCCGUCAAGUGCCCAACUUUCUCGAGUCACGCCCCAUGUUGCAUCGCCUCCCCUGCUGCGCAAGACGUCCACGAGCUCCUUGCAGUCAACCAGCAGUGUUGGCACGGCACGGCCCGCAUCGCGUCGCUCCAGCUUGGCCAACGUUUGGUCCCCCUCCUCGAGUUCCUCUCAAUUGGGCAAGCCACCCCAGAAAGAGGAGAAGCCGGCUGUGACGGCAAACUCGGUCGCCAGGGAUUACUUUAAGUCUGAGCUGGAAGUCCAUCAUGGGCCGACGCCAACGCGCCAUACGAAAACCAUCGUCAUACUCAACGAUGCCGUCUAUGGCCACCGGUUCUCCCGGCCACGGACCUCGCGCAACGCUCUCAGCACCAUCGUCGAACGGCCCGAGAGAAUCAAGGCUUGCGUGAUGGGAAUAUCGAUGGCAUAUGUGCGCCUGGGCGGUCGCCACAGCGAAGGCCCAUUUCCGAUUCAGCCGACAAGAGACGUUGGCUCCCUGCCGAGCGUACCAUUUCGCAUUCGCAAGACGACGAACCGAUUACCCUUGACUUCUCCCGCCGUCACGAAUGUCCAUGGCACGAAAUGGAUGAACGUGCUGAAGGACAUGUGUCUCUCGGCUGAAUCGAAACUCGCCAUGGGCGGUAAGGAACUGAAGCGGACCCGGGGUUCCGAUGACGGCCCUGGCCAAAAGCUGCACGAGGGCGACCUGUAUCUGUGUUCAGAAUCGCUCGAGGCCAUUGAGGGCGCGCUGGGAUCCGUCUGCGAAGCAGUCGACACCGUUUUCACCACUCCAUUUCGAAGGGCCUUCGUUGGUGUAAGGCCGCCAGGACAUCAUUGUUCGGCCUCACAACCAUCCGGAUUCUGCUGGGUGAAUAACGUGCACGUCGGCAUCAUGCACGGCAUUCUUACCCACGGCCUUACGCAUGCAGCCAUCAUCGACUUUGACCUUCAUCAUGGCGACGGAUCUCAGGCGAUCACCUGGCAGCACAACGCCCGGGCUACCGCAGCGGCCAAGAACUCGUCGGCGUGGAAGAAGACGUCGAUAGGCUACUUCAGCCUGCAUGACAUCAACUCCUAUCCCUGCGAGAUGGGUGAUGAGGAAAAGGUCAAGAAUGCAAGCCUCUGCAUCGACAAUGCCCAUGGCCAGUCGGUCUGGAAUGUCCACCUGCAUUCGUGGAAGAGCGAGAAAGACUUUUGGGUCCUCUACGAGACCAGAUACAAGAUGCUCCUGGAAAAGACCCGAGUCUAUCUGCGGAACCAGGCUGACAGACUCAAGGCCCUGAACCAACCGGCCAAGGCCGCCAUUUUCUUCUCCGCCGGCUUCGACGCGAGCGAGUGGGAGAGCGCCGGGAUGCAGCGGCACCAGGUCAAUGUUCCGACAGAAUUUUACGCUAGACUCUCUCAAGAUGUGGUCAAGCUCGCCGCAGAGGAGGGCUUGCACGUGGAUGGGCGCGUCAUCAGCGUCCUGGAAGGUGGGUACAGCGACAGAGCCUUGUCUUCUGGAAUCUUCAGUCACCUGAGCGGUCUCGUUGAAAGCCAGACGGCGGCCGAUGUGCAAACGGAAGCAGACGAAUCCCCGGCAUCUGUUCAUUCGUAUGACCGCUCGUGGUGGUCAAGUGCCGCGCUGGAUAAGCUGGAACAGCCAUUCGUGCCGCCGUCGCCGCCUAGGAAAGCGCGAAGUGCGUUGUCGACGUUCUCGUCCCCCACGCAGGCAGCAACAGCGAAGGCUGCGGAUCCCGCUCGAAUGAGACGCACCUUGUCCGGCGUGUCGACCCUCACAGUCAUCGAGAGACCUACGUCGCCGACGCCUCCGGAUGUGCCGUGGGUCGUGGCGACGCAGGAGCUGUGCAAGCUUCUCAUCCCCACAGAUCGACAGACCGACAGCUGCAAAGCCGAGGAGCUGAAUGCGGAGGCAUCCAAAGCCAGACGAGACCGCCAUUCAAUCCUGAUGGGAAUCCCUCCACCCGCCGAGCAGAGCAGUAGGCCUACGUCGCGCAUGGCCCUGCGGGAGCGACGAGCAAAAGCAACCGGGCCGGUCAAUGAAGAAGGCAAUGGAAAUAUCAAAACAAGACGCAAGAACGCAGAAAUGGACAUGUUUGCCUCUCCAGAGAAGCCGUCGAAGCAUAGUCCCCCUUCGCGUCCUUUUGCGGCGCAGUCGUCCCAAGGGUACAGCGGAACUUCCAUUGCUCUCGAAUUGGCACGAGAAGAGACGGCAGCUUCGCUGCCUGAAAGCGAUAGCGAUCCCAACCGCCCAGCGUCCGCCUCGAGCUCAAGAGCUCAAAGCGGGAGCAAGACGACGGUCAAGAAGCCCCGGUCAGCAGCGGUAACUCGCAAGGAAGUCGUGUCUCACGCAAGGAGUCCUAGAAAGGCACCUACUGCGACGAGGAACGGGCCUGCGACCGCACCUGGCGCCGCUACCAGCGAUGCCGACACGACUUUGGAUGCGGUGACGACGGGAAUAAAGAAGAUCAAAAUUAACUUGAUAACAAAGUCGCAAAGGGAGGCAAGGGAAAGAGCAAAGCUUGAAGCCGAGAAGGAUUCGCCUAAGAUGGGCGGACUCGACCCAAGCGGCCCUCCCUCGAUGCUGCGGAAGCCAAUGGUAAUUUCGGAUAGCCCGACCAAGUUAUCGGCUGGGAAAGCACCUAUGCAGCAUGCUGCCUUUGCGGCGCCCUGUGCGCAGGAAGCAGCAUCCAUCUCGGGCGAAUCUAGAAUUCCCGUGGGGGAACCAUGUUCACCCAGAACGACGACGUUUUGUGAACAGCGAUCGUCGGGUCCGUCGGAGGAUAUCGACUCCAUUAUCGGCAUUCCAGCCAGCGACGGCAGCCAAUUAUUCGUUUCGUAUCAGCCUGAGGGACCGGACCCGAUCCCGAUCGCGCAGGAGGUGCCCCUGCAUUGGCUGCCGCCAAAUGAAUCUACGCCAUCGGCGAAGGCUCGCGUCGUUGUGCCAUACGCUAAAAACAACGGUCUGUUUCAUUACUCGUCUGGAAUUCCAUUCGCACCGCGACAGGAAGAUACCACGGCAAAGCUGGAGCCGGACGCCUCCACAGGGGCUUCCUUGGUGACCAAAGUAGACGACAAGCCAGGUUCUGUAUGGGAUGUACCUGAAACACCACGGAAGUAG